AUGGACCCGUUCGUUGAGGAGAUGACGGAGGUGGAGGACUACAAGCGGCUCCUCUCGAAGCCGCUCGCUGCUCCCCGAGACCUCGAUUGGGGCAUACUCAACGACCUUCUCAUCUCAGAGGAUGUCAGGCGAUACCUGUCGCUGCUCGGUCUCACGGUAUUCGAGAAUAUUGUUCAGGAGACCUUUCCGAAGCUCACGCUCGAAUUUUUUAGCACGGUGGCCAUGCACGAUAAUGGGAAGUACCUUACUGCUCUGCUAAAAGGGAAGGAAUGUAAGGUCACUGAUGCGAUACUGAACGGGCUCUUCGAGUUUGGCACUGAGGAGGCAGCACGGCACAGCCCGAUGGGGUGGAAGGCUGAUCCUUAUUGGCCCCUGAUUUCCCCUUGCACGUCAUUCAAGAAAGCGGGGGAUUCCUCGGGAUUAUCACCGAUGCUGCCUUGGGGAUAG